AUUUCAUUUCACCAAGAGGCAAGAACCCUAUAAAUAUAAGCACCCUAAAAUGGUUUGAGAUUUGUUCAAGCACGGAGCAUCUUGAAGGAAAGGGAAAGUAACGGAAUAGCCUGACAGAGUUGCGGAAACAAACAACAGCUACCAUUGAUUAAAUUCCCCUUUCCUUUCUGCUUCCAAUCCACCACCAAGCAAUGAAUUUACGCUACUGACAAUUCGCGAGCCACAAGAAAGACAGAUGACGACGGAGACGGCAGAGGCUUCUCCAGCCAUGCAACCCAACGACGGCGACGAAUCCGACCAGUAUCCGCCCCACUGGGGUCCGACAGCCUGGUCCCUGCUCUCCGAUCUCCGGCAGCGCUCCCCUCUGAUCCAGUGCAUCACCAAUUUCGUCUCCAUGGACAUUGUCGCCAACACCCUCCUCGCCGCCGGCGCAUCCCCGGCGAUGAUCCACUCUCUGGCCGAGAUCCCCGACUUCACCCCUCAGGCCCAAGCGCUCUGCGUCAACGUGGGAACCCUCUCCCCCUCCUGGGUUCCCGCCAUGAAAUCCGCUGCAGAGCUGAUGGUCAAGUUGGGGAAGCCCUGGGUUCUCGACCCUGUUGCUGCUGGCGCUUCUGGGUUCCGCUUGAAUGCUUGUUUGGCGCUUGUCGGGGUGAAGCCUACUGUAAUUCGAGGGAAUGGGUCUGAGAUCAUUGCUCUGUCCAGGGCUUCUCUCGGUGUCUCCAAGAAGGGGGUAGACAGCGCCCAUGGGUCCAUGGAUGCACUGGAAGCAGCCAAAUCGUUGGCUCGAGCGAGCGGAUCCAUUGUUGCAGUGUCGGGAGCGGUUGAUGUAGUCACCGAUGGCAAUCGAGUUGUUGCUGCUCAUAAUGGAGUUCCCAUGAUGCAGAAGAUCACAGCUACUGGGUGUGCAGUCACAGCACUCAUAGCAGCCUUUGUUGCUCUCGACCCAUCACAUCCUUUGGAAGCAACAGCUUCAGCCCUCUCUGUGUUCUGCAUUGCAGGUGAGCUCGGGAUGGAUUUGGCGAAAGGUCCAGCUUCAUUACGGAUGCACUUGAUCGAUUCCUUGUACGGGCUCGAUGAAGCUGCUUUGCUAUCCCGAGUUAGGAUCACCGAUCUGUAAGGCUGCAAACGCGAGCGCUCGUGAUAUCGGUAAUGUGUCUUGUGACUAAUAGUAGUGUACAGAGUUGCAUAGAUUAGUCUUGGCAUGAAACAGCAUCAUCUAUGAUGUAUGAAUAAAGCAGCUCUCAGUUCAUUUCCAAACCAUAUUUUUCAUUUCACAACAUCGCAUUACUUCUUUGUCAAGUAUUAGAAAGGUCAUGCCUUUGUAACAGCCACAAUCUCAAACCAAAUAUAAUCAACAACCAUUUUACAACAUCGACCAAACAAAUUGAAAACAUCAUCAAUCCAUUCACAAAGUCAAAAAGAAAAACAAAGCAAGAUCCUUUUUUUUUUGGGGGGGUUUUGUUUUAGUACUUGAGAUGAACAGUGACCCGCAGCAAUGUCUCAGCACCAUCUGUGACAUGUUGUCCAGAAGGUAUGAGCCCUCUCACAUUGGCACUCCCGAUGGCGUGCUUGAACUUCCCCGUUCCACCGGUGACCGACAAGUACGACAUGGGGCUGCCAAUCUUGUACACACCAUAGAAGUUGAGGGUGUCACCAAACUCCCCACCUUCGAACAUGGCGGUAAACGACAUCAUCUGGGUGCUGCCAUCUGCAGAGCUUGCCACAUAAACACCCUGAGCCUUGCCAAGCUGCUGUGACCCAAAGUCAGGGGUGGAAGUGAGAAUAUCAUCGAUGACAGUGAUCGUCCCGAACCCGAGUCCCAACCCAUCUGGUCCCAGCUGCGUCUGUAUCUGAUUAACAUUGUUCUGGUUCUGACCAUUUGCUUGCCCUCCAGCAUACCGGGUUCCAGCCAGGCCCGUCCCCAGAGGGAUGCCGUUGAUGUUGACAGUCGGGAGGGCACCGUUGGCGUUUGGGAUGGCUACUCCGCCUUUGGGAGGAACGAACCCAACUGGCCUAGCGAAGGGCACCUGACCACUGUAGAUGUUCCCCAGCAAGCCGGUGAUCGGCCUGGCUGUGGGGCUGCUUCCGCCGAGAAUGUCGUGCAUGUAGAACUCCAGAACGGGGUCUUCUGCAGCACCUUGUGCUGGUAGUGGCGAUACGGCAGUGGCUUGAGCUGCCAUGUAUGCUGCAGCAACUAUGAGUGAAAUGAAAACAGAGGAUACCAUCGAGGUGAUCGACAUAUUUUUGUUUAGUUUUCCUAAAGGUUUGAGGUAAGGAGCUCUAGGUGGUUUAGUGAGAACAGCAAGGUUGAGCGAUGGUUGUUUAAAUAGGAAGCCGAAGGGAGCCAUGGAAGGGAAGGAAGAAGGUGAUUGUUGGAGUAGUUGAUUGUGAGAGUGAAGUUGGUGGCAUUAUUUCUAGUUAGCCUUAGGUGAGUCCUAAAGAUUGUUCAUUAUUGGACGUGAACAGGUUGUAGUAAUGCAGAGUGAAGUUGUUGGAAUUUGGAAAUGCUU